AUGAGCAACGCACUUGCAGCAAACGCCUCUCAAGUGCAAGCAGCACUCAAGGGCGCCAACAGUGAAGAAGAAACCAUCAAGUGCCUCAAGCGGGAUUUGAGUGCCUCUCUCAUAGAGGUAGCUAAUGGAAAGUCCCGGGAGGCUGCGGAGACAAAAGCAGCGAACCAACUCCGCACUCAAAUAGACGAACUCUACAAGAGGAUAGAGCUAGAAGAACGGCGGUCCUUGCAGCAAACUGCUCGCUUGAACGAGCUGCUGCAAGAGAGAGACAAGCUGCAAUCCAGUUUACAGGAGCUUUACGACACUCAAGAGCAGCUACAAGACCGGCGAGCUGCUGCCGAGGAAGAAGCUAGAAAAAGAGAAAGGCUGGAAAGACAGCUUAAACAGAACAAGGGCCAUUUUGAGCAGCAACAGCAGGAGCUUGCCAAGAAACAAGCAGAGCUAGCGCAAGCGGAGGAGCAGAUUGCAGCGCUGCAUCAGCAGCUUGCCGCAACACAACAACAGGUUCAGCAGGAAGUGCAACAAGCGCAGGAAAUCCAGAAACGCAUUAGUCUUUCCUGCAUUGCUGAUGGAGUUGGAACUUUGCUGUGCGCCAUGCAGCAAACCGAGUUACGUUUGAAUGACCAGAUAUACAAGAAUAGUCACCUAAGAGCAGCAAACGAUGAAAGGCAAGCUGAACUAAGGGGAAAGCAAGAGGAAAUUGAUCGGAUGAGAUCUGAGAAGGAGCGGAUCCUCAAGUUGCAUGAACUUUUGAAAAAAAAGAUGCAGAUUCUGGAAGGAGAGAAACGCACUCUCGAGGAACAAGCAACGACGCUGAAGAUUGAAACUGCUGCAUCGGAGAGAGAAAUGGACACGUUAAAGCAACAGGCUGAUAAUGAUAAACGACAAAUUGAAUCCCUCCUACGCGAGAGGGACUUGUUAUCAAAAAACCUUGUAAACUCUGACGCUAGUGCCAAAAAGCACGCAGACCUCGCCAAAAGGCAGUUGACGCACUGUGAAUACCUUGAGAAGGAGGUUACUGGGUUCCGGCGGGAGUGCCAACAACUACAGCAGAAGGUUGAGGCACUUGAGGCGGAGAGGGAUCGCUACGGACACACUCUGAAUAAAAGCAAUCAAAAGUACCUGGAAAAUGUAGAACAACUCAAAAACGAGGAGUUACGGGUAGCUGAGCUGCAACGCUCUAUUGGAGAACAGCGAGCGAAACUAUCGGCCCAAAAAAUGUUGUAUGAGGCUGUUAGGUCUGACAGAAACCUGUUCUCGAGAAAUUUAAUUGCAAGCCUGGACGAAAUGACAGAGCUUAAAAACAAGUUUAAGCUGAUGUUCCAGCAGGUUGGGCAGCUUAAGGAGGAGAUUAAGGCAAAAGAUGCAGGGCUACUGAAACAACAUUUUGAGCGCAAAAGAAUGUCUUCAGCAAACGAAAAACUGAAGGAUGACCUGGGCAAGGCCGAGAAGAAGCUCAGUUCGCUAGAGCAAAUUAUUGUCGCACAAAAGGGAGAGAUUAAAAAGCUAGAAGAUACAGUACAACAAGCUGCAACAGAACGAGCAAACCAGGGGAAAGAGUAUUCCGCCGUAUUAGCAGAGAGGGAUAUGUUGGGGAGUCAACUGCUGAAGCGAAAUCAAGAAUUGUCUCUUCUCUACGAAAAAGUCAGAAUCCAGGAAUCAACCCUCUCGAAAGGUGAAGCCCAGUAUAAGGCAAGGUUGAAAGAGAUAAAAGAGUGGAGUCAUCAAUGCAUCGCACUUAGACAAGAACUCCGUCAUCUUGAAGGUGGCCUUGCUGAGAUGGAGGCACUCAAGCGAGAAAUUCUACAGCUACAAAAAGAGCUGCUACAAGAGAGAACAAAAGUUCGGGCACUAACUGAGGCCCUCUCGACGCCUCUGAACGUUCAUAGGUGGAGACAGCUCGAAGGAAGCGAUCCAGCCAAGUUGGAGCUAGUAAAGAAGGUUCAAUCCCUACAAAAGCGGCUCAUUGCCAAGACCGAAGAAGUGAUUGAUAGAGACUUGCAGAUCCAGGAAAGGGAAAAACUAUUCGCGCAGCUGAAGGUCGCGCUCAAAAAACAACCAGGCGCCGAGGUCUUCGUGCAGAUGCAAAACCUGCAAACGUGUGCGCCUUCUCCACGUGGAGAAAUUGACGCGCUCUGUAUGGGGAAACAAUUAUAUUCAGCCUUCAAGAGCCGCUUAGCGCAUGAACAGUACCUUGAAGGCAAUAAUUCGUCUGCUGGAGCACUUGCUUUAGGACAAAGAGCUACAUAUCAAUGA